UCCUCUAAGUGCAACAAGAGCAGCUCAUUGUUCUCAUACCAGCAGAUGGACAACAUGAUCAGCAUGCUUCAGGCAGCACUUGUUGCUUUAGUGGCCACUGUCUUGGCUGGCCAAGGCUAUGACUGUAUGGAAAUCAUUGGGGAUCAUGACGCUAAACCUUAUUCAAAACCUUUCAUGGUGUCCAUCCAAGCUAAUAACAAGCAUGUAUGUGGAGGAAGUUUGAUCCAUGUAAAGUGGGUACUGACUGCAGCAAGUUGUCUACAACUGGUCAAGAAAAAGAGAUCCGUCGUCAUUCUUGGACCUCAGUCACAACAGAAGAAGGAUAAGACACAACAGAAAAUUUCUAUUAAAAACUUUUUCCCACAUCCUGAAUUUAAGAAUGCACUGGACAAUGACAUUAUGCUUUUGGAGUUAGGACAAGCUGCAAAUAUUAAAAGUAAGGAAAUCCUCCAACUGCCAACUUCAGCAAAGGACCCCAAAUCUGGACUAAAAUGCAGUCUCAUCGGAUGGGGACAAACCAAUUCAAAGGAUAAAUCACGUUCUGAAGUUUUGAAAGAAGCAGAAGCAACAGUGUUGGAUCGGAAAACCUGUAAUAGUAACAAGUAUUAUAACAGGAGUCCGGUUAUAACAGACAAUAUGAUAUGCGCCACUGAUAAAAAGGGGAAGAAAGAUUCCUGCUUGGUUGAUGCGGGAGAUCCAUUAAUGUGCAAGAAAAAGACAUUGAGCAGGAAGAAAGAGGUUGUUGGUGUUUCUACAGCCAGAAAGGAAUGUGGAAAUUCAAAAAAACCCGGCAUAUAUAUCCGGUUAACAGACAAAUAUCUCACCUGGAUCAAGGAAAAAAUUGGAGUUGUGAAUUUUAACAAUUCUAUGGACAUUAUUGAUUCCAUUUUCUCUGCUGAUGUUCCCGUGGACAUGGUGUUAACUGUAUGACUACGUCAAAUGCUGCCAGAGAAUCUGGGAAAUGUGUUGAACAGGACUCGGCACAAACUGUCAUAAAAUCUUGUUUCCCUGAUUGUACCUGAUCUGGGUUGAGACUAUCAUGGGCAGAAAAGGAGAAAAACGCCCGAAACAUGCUGACAAAACAAGAAACUGUCACAUAAUGGAAUUAGAAGUGAUUCAUGUUUCUGCUACUGUAUUUUUUACUGCAAAGUUAUUUUCUAUUAAUUCAUUUAGCCUGGCUUUUUUAAUUUUUGACAAUUAAAAGCAAUGAUAUAUAUUUGUGCAAAUUUAAGUUAUGCACAAUGUGGGAACUAGCAAAAAUGCUGAAAGCCUAUGUAUAAUUUUAUUUAUCUAUUUGUAUUCUUAAAAUAUCUGUAAUAACCCUUGCUAAAUCCUUUUCAUGGAAAAUUUGCCAGUGCUGAUGAUGAACAUUUGAUUGUAAUCUCCAGUGAAACUGUAUCCUUGUGUUAUUGCUUAUGGCUAAUGCAAAAUAACAUUUUCAGAAUA